CGCCGGAGCCGCACGCGCGGUGGUCGGGGUCCGGGUCCGCGAGCCGGGGGGGGAGGGAUCAGCCCCCGCCCCUCAGUGAGCAGGGGCUGCUGGGACUUGUAGUUCGGGGCCGGGCCAGCCGCGGGCCAUGGAAGGGUCGCUAGCCAGCGGCUCCAGGCUGGGGGAGGUCGGGCAGGACGAUUCCGAGCAGAAUGAAGGACGUUGUACGCCCGGGUGCUGGGGCGUAUCCCCACGCUGCAGCGGACGCAAUGCACCUGCUCCGGGGUGCCAUGGCUUCUGGGCUGAUAGGACGCCUGUUCAUGAAGCAGCCAGGAGGGGAGAGAUCCUGCAGCUGCAGCAGCUGAUAGCAAAUGGUGCCUGCGUAAACCUGGUCACUUACGACUCUAUCACCCCCUUGCAUGAGGCGAGCCUGCGUGGUCAGACGCAGUGUGUGAAACUCUUGCUUGCUGCAGGGGCCCAGGUAGAUGCCAGGAACAUAGAUGGCAGCACUCCGCUCUGUGACGCUUGUGCGUCGGGCAGUAUUGAAUGUGUGAAAGUGCUCCUGUCCCAUGGAGCGAAGGUGAAUCCUCCGCUCUACACGGCAUCCCCUCUCCAUGAAGCCUGCAUGAAUGGGAGUUCGGCCUGCGUGCAGCUCCUGAUAGACGUCGGUGCGAACCUGGAGGCCCACGAUUGCCACUUCGGAACCCCUCUGCAUGUAGCCUGUGCCCGGGAGCAUCUGGAUUGUGUGAAGUUACUGCUCAAUGCCGGGGCAAAUGUGAAUGCAGCUAAACUUCACGAGACAGCCCUUCACCAUGCAGCCAAGGUGAAAAAUGUGGAUCUGGUACAGAUGCUGGUUGAAUUUGGAGGAAACAUUUAUGCCCAGGACAACCGAGGGAAGAAACCAUCCGACUACACGUGUAGGAGCAGCCAGACUGCUAAGUGCUUGGAAUACUAUGAAAAAAUGCCCCUGAGUUUGUCGCAGCUCUGCAGAGACCUGCGGAAAGCCACCGGCCAGCAAGGGCUGGCGAAGAUUGCCAAGUUAAAUAUUCCUCUGCCAUUAAUGAAAUACCUCUCGUACAACUGACCGAAAGAAGGCGACCUUGCAGGACGAUAUCGUUAGACCCCACAAGAUGAAGUAUCUUGAAUCUUUCUCUCUCUCUCUGUCUCCCUCCCUUCCCCUCCCCAUAAGAAGUCCCUUUAAUUUAAGUUAAUUUAUGUAAGUACUGUUUCUGAGGCAGCACAUCCCCCGGCAUCCCAUCAUGUGACUGAGAGUUUUGACAAAGACAAUAACUUAGAUCUUGUGUAGAUCCAGGCUUUUAGCUAGUAAUUAGGGCUGUCAAGCGUUUAAAAAAAAUUAAUUGCGAUUAAUCGUGCGAUUAUUUUUUUUAAUUAAUCGCGCUGUUAAAUAGUAAUAGAAUACUAUUUAUUUAAAUAUUUUUGGAUGUUUUCUACAUUUUCAAAUAUAUUGAUUUCAGUUACAACACAGAAUACAAAGUGUACAGCG